AUGGGAUCUGUAGCAUACGAGCCCGAGGCGCUGGCCUUUGACCCGUCACCGCUCUUCUCACAACGCGUGCAGCGUUGGGAGCCGGGAGCCAGCAAACCCAACCCGGAUACCUUCCCCUUCUCCAAGAUCUCCAUUACCGUGAACGGGCCUGAGGAAAAAACGCUGGUCUUGGACGGAACCGCGCUGAGCGAGGCGCUCCAGUACGGGCCCCCGGCGGGCCACCCGGGGCUCCUCAAGUGGUUCCAAGGACUGCAGCAGGCCGUACAUGGCAUCAGCAACUCCGAUAGCUGGACCUGCUGCGUCGGCAAUGGCAGCCAAGAGAUUAUCCACAAGGCCUUCCAGGUCUUUACCGACCCGGGCGACUCGGUGAUGCUAGAGACCCUCGCUCUCGCCAAGCGCUUCAACUUUAUGAUCUUUGAAGACGACGCGUACUUCUUCCUCAACUUUGAGCAGGACCAAUCCAAGCGGGCGCGCAGCUACCUCGCCUUGGAGCAAGAGGUCAACGGCGAGACUGGCCGCGUUAUGCGGUUUGAGUCGCUGAGCAAGAUUGUCAGCUCGGGUAUGCGCCUCCAACCAUCGUCUACCACGCAGGUAUUGGCUCUAACCCUCUUCCGUCACUGGGGCUAUACCGGGUUUGUCGAGCACUGCGCCAAGGCGGCCGAAUUCUACCAGCGGAAGCGGGAUGCCUUUGCCGCAGCAGCCGACCGCCACCUUCAGGGGCGGGCCACCUGGGAGGUUCCGACGGCGGGCAUGUUCUUCUGGCUGAAGCUCUUGCUCCCGUCGGGGACCGACAGCUUCGAGAUCCUCAGCAAGAAGGGCAUCGACAACAAAAUUCUAGCCAUCCCCGGCAUGGCGUUCCUGCCCAAUGCCCGCAAGGCGUGCCAGCUGCGUGCUAGCUACAGCCUGGUGAGCGACUCCGACAUGGACGAGGCUUGCCGGCGGAUCGCCAAGCUGGUUGAUGACGCCUGGAGGGAAGAGUUUGCCAACAGCGCAAAGCACGAGGCCCAGGCCCCUGUCCCCACAACGACCAUGAAAAUUACGGCUUAG